AGAGCGACGGCAAAACAGAAGGAUUGUGGGUAUAGUAGUUUUUUUUUUUUAUUUGACGGGCUGUAUCACUUUCGCACAUGAGUUUUGAAACAUGGCCGGGUUAGAGUUGCUGUCCGAUCAGGGAUACCGGCUGGAUGGGAGGAAGCCUUCCGAGCUCCGCAAGGUGCAAGCCCGCAUGGGGGUCUUCGCGCAAGGCGAUGGGUCUGCCUACAUCGAGCAGGGGAACACCAAGGCGCUCGCGGUAGUGUACGGACCGCAUGAGGUGCGUGGGUCUCGCGGGAAGGCCCUCCAUGACCGCGCGGUCAUCAACUGCCAGUUCAGCAUGGCCACCUUCAGCACGGCGGAGAGGAAGAGGAGGCCGCAUGGCGACCGCAAGUCCAGUGAGGUCAGCCAGCACCUCAAGCAGACUUUUGAGGCGGCCAUCCUGACACAGCUGUACCCGCGCUCACAGAUAGACAUAUACGUCAAGAUCCUGCAGUCAGAUGGGGGGAAUUACAGCGCCAGCGUCAACGCGGCCACCCUGGCCGUGAUCGACGCCGGCAUCCCUCUGCGCGACUACGUGUGCGCCUGCAGCGCGGGCUUCGUGGAGGACACGCCCCUGGCGGACCUGUGCCACGCCGAGGAGGCGGGGGGCGGCACGGUGCUCAGCCUGGCCCUGCUGCCGCAGGGAGGCCAGAUCGCCCUGCUGCAGAUGGACGCCCGGCUGCACCAGGACCACUUGGACACUCUGAUGGAGGCAGCCAUGACCGCCUGCAGGAGCCUGAGCACAGUGCUGGACAGAGUGGUCAGGGAGCACCUGCAGGAGGUGACCACGCUGACCGCUGAGUGAGGGAGGGGAGGGAGUGGUGGGCUCAGGGCUUGUUGAAUGAAGUUUCUAUUUUUGUAUGAGUAUUUGUAGCUGCUUGUACUGUACAUGCUGUAAUAAAACCAGUCCAUACUCA